GUUGUGACUGGUGCAGAGACAGGUGGAGUGAGGAAAGAGGGUGAGGGAGAGGAUAUAGGGAGAGGGGAGAAUGAGGGAGGAGUAGAGGAAAGAAGGGGAGAGGACAAAGAGACAGAAGAGGAAGGUGAGGGAGAGAGAAAGGACAAGAGGAAGGGAUAGAGGAGAAGGAGGAGGGAGAGAGAAGAGGGAGUGGAAAGAGAGAGAGAAAGAAAGAAAGAGAGAGAAAGAGACGUGUGAGAUGAGACAGUGAAACAGUUUUCUUUUUUAUCAGUCAAUGAAAUGACUUCAGAGAGGACAGAAUGUACCAAAGAGCCUGACUGACAGUAGCUGCUUGGUAUCUGCUGAUCAGGAUGAGGAGGCAAUCUGUAGGUGGACCUUACAGGAACGAUCCAUAUCUUUUCCCUCGCACCACAGAUGUGCAUCAGACACAGUGUGUGCGUGUGUGUGUGUGUGUUUGUUUGUGUUUGUUUAUGUGUGUGCGUGUUUAGUCUGCCAAAUGAGCAUUGAUUCUCUCAACUAUCUGUCUUCCUCACAACAAUCUGUUGCAAUUAUACUGAAUGCAGGUAUCUACGCACGUGUUGCACACAGUCGCAUGCGGUUGGACACAUUUAGGAGAAAAUCAUUUUCGCAGUAUCCUCAAAACCUUCUCUUUUUGACACAACUGCUGACAGCUACAGGGACAUAAACACAAAAAAAAUGAUGCUUGGAUGCAAGUGUCCACGAUAGUAGGAUUGCCAGGUCAGUUUAGUAGUGAGCUUGUGCUAGAUGUGGCUAGUUAGCUAGCUAACCUAGCUAGUUAGCUAGCUAACCUAGCUAGCUAGCUUGCUAACCUAGUCAAUGAGGUAUGUGUGUGUGAAAGAGAUAGUAAUAUAAAUUAUAGUAAUAAAUAGUAAUAGAAAUUAUGGUAUAUACUACCCCUAAUAAUUUGGCCAGAUAACCGUGUGUGUGUGUCUGUGUGUACAGUAGGUGACAUGUCCAUGUCCAUCUAUCUAAUAACUAUAUUUAUGCUAGGUAAUGGUUUGGCUUAUCAUGUUCAUGUCUAUGAGGAACUGGAGAGGACUCAGGGACAGGUAUCAGAGAUAGAGAAGGGCAGAGAAAGAGAAGAAGAGGUCUGGGUCAGCAGCUUCAGGCCAGCGGCCUUGGCGCUUCUGCCACAUUCUUUCUUUUUUGGAUCCAUUUAUUGUGCCUAGGGCAACGAGUGGCAAUUUUACAGCCAGACCCUCUACGUCAUCCACAAGUGUGGGCGCCACCGGUGCAUCAAGACCCUCUAUGUCAUCCACAAGUGUGGUCGCCACCGGUGCAUCAAGACCCUCUAUGUCAUCUACAAGUGUGGUCGCCACCGGUGCAUCAAGACCCUCUAUGUCAUCUACAAGUGUGGUCGCCACCGGUGCAUCAAGACCCUCUAUGUCAUCUACAAGUGUGGUCGCCACCGGUGCAUCAAGACCCUCUAUGUCAUCUACAAGUGUGGGCGCCACCGGUGCAUCAAGACCCUCUAUGUCAUCUACAAGUCAUCUACAAGAUGA